AUGCCUGGUGUCAUACCUAAUGAAAGUAAUGGGCUUUCAAGAGGUAGUCCAUCAAAGAAAAACAGACUUUCCUUGAAGUUUUUUCAGAAAAAGGAAACUAAGAGAGCCUUGGAUUUCACAGAUUCUCAGGAAAAUGAAGAAAAGAUUUCUUCUGAUUAUAGAGGAUCUGAAAUUGAUCAAGUUGUUCCUGCGGCACAGUCCUCACCUAUGAAUUGUGAGAAGAGAGAAAACUUGUUACCAUUUGUGGGGUUAAAUAAUCUCGGCAAUACUUGUUAUCUUAAUAGCAUACUUCAGGUAUUAUAUUUUUGUCCUGGUUUUAAAUCUGGAGUGAAGCACUUAUUUAAUAUUAUUUCAAGGAAGAAAGAAGCUCUUAAAGAUGAAGCCAAUCAAAAAGAAAAGGGAAAUUGUAAAGAAGAUUCUUUGGCAAAUUAUGAACUAAUAUGCAGUUUACAGUCCUUAAUCAUUUCAGUUGAACAACUUCAAGCUAGUUUUCUUUUAAACCCAGAAAAAUAUACUGAUGAACUUGCUACACAGCCAAGGCGAUUACUUAACACACUCAGGGAACUCAACCCCAUGUAUGAAGGAUAUCUACAGCAUGAUGCACAGGAAGUGUUACAGUGUAUUUUGGGAAACAUUCAAGAAACAUGCCAACUCCUAAAAAAAGAAGAAGUAAAAAAUGUGGCAGAAUUCUCUAACAAGGUAGAAGAAAAUCCUCGUCAGAGAGAGGAAAUUAAUGGAGUUAAUAGCACAGAGAUGGACAAUAUGGGGCAUUCUGAAGACUAUAAAGAAAAACUCCCAAAAGGAAAUGGGAAAAGAAAAAGUGACACUGAAUUUAGUAAUAUGAAGAAAAAAGUUAAGGUAUCCAAGGAACACCAGUCAUUGGAAGAGAACCAGAGACAAACUAGAUCAAAAAGAAAAGCUACAGGUGAUAUACUAGAGAUUCCUCCUAAAAUAGUCGCUAAGUACAUUCCUGAAAAUGAGAGUGCAAGACCCUCACAGAAAAAAUCAAAAGUUAAAAUAAGUUGGUUAAAGUCUGCAACUAAACAACCCAGCAUCCUUUCUAAAUUCUGUAGUCUGGGGAAAAUAAACCAAGGAUCCAAAGGACAAUCUAAAGAAAAUGAAUAUGAUCUUGAAGAGGACUCUGGGAAGUGUAAAAAUGAUAACACAGUUAAUGGCUGUGGACUUGAAUCUCCAGGAAAUAAUGUUAAGUCCAUUAAUGAUAAUGAAGUUAAGCCCAUAAACAAAGGCACAGAGCAAAUUGGUUUUGAGCUUGUAGAGAAGUUAUUUCAAGGUCAGCUGGUAUUAAGGACUCGUUGCUUAGAAUGUGAAAGUUUAACAGAAAGAAGAGAAGAUUUUCAAGACAUCAGUGUGCCAGUACAAGAAGAUGAGCUUUCCAAAGUAGAGGAGAGUUCUGAAAUUUCUCCAGAGCCAAAAACAGAAAUGAAGACCCUGAGAUGGGCAAUUUCACAAUUUGCUUCAGUGGAGAGGAUUGUAGGAGAAGAUAAAUAUUUCUGUGAAAAUUGCCAUCAUUAUACUGAAGCUGAACGAAGUCUUUUGUUUGACAAAAUGCCUGAAGUUAUAACCAUUCAUUUGAAGUGUUUUGCUGCUAGUGGCUUGGAGUUUGAUUGUUAUGGUGGUGGACUUUCCAAGAUCAACACUCCUUUACUGACACCUCUUAAAUUGUCACUAGAAGAAUGGAGUACAAAGCCAACCAAUGACAGCUAUGGAUUAUUUGCAGUUGUGAUGCAUAGUGGCAUUACAAUUAGUAGUGGGCACUACACUGCUUCUGUCAAAGUCACAGACCUUAACAGUUUAGAACUAGAUAAGGGAAAUUUUGUGCUUGACCAGUUGUGUGAAAUGAGUAAGCCUGAACCACUGAAUGAGGAUGAAGCAAGGAGUGUGGUUGAAAAUUAUGAUGAUGAAGUGUCAAUUAGAGUCAAUGGAAACACACAGCCAAGUAAAGUUUUGAACAAAAAAAAUGCAGAAGCUAUUGGACUUCUUGGAGGACAAAAGAGCAAAGCAGAUUAUGAGCUAUACAACAAAGUAGCUAAUCCUGACAAAGGUACCAGCACAGCAUUUGCUGAAAAUAGAAAUUCUGAGACUAACAUUACUAAUGGGACCCAUGAGUCUGAUAGGAACAAGGAAUCCAGUGACCAAACAAGCAUUAACAUGAGUGGAUUUGAGAACAAAAUUUCAGAUGUAGUGCAAAGCUUAAAGGAGUAUGAGGGGAAGUGGUUGCUUUUUGAUGAUUCUGAAGUAAAAGUUACUGAAGAGAAAGACUUUUUGAAUUCUCUUUCCCCUUCUACAUCUCCCACAUCUACUCCUUAUUUGCUAUUUUAUAAGAAACUAUAG